CCCAAUUGAAACAGUUAUAUUAAGUUCAUUCCUGCCUGUACACUCUUGAAUUGCAGUGCUUUGUGCCAAACCCGUAUAAACUGACAACAAUUUAAAAGAAGAGGUGAAUAUUAAUAAAAAAUAGAAUGUGCACACACACAAAAAAAAAAGCAUUUAGCACAAAGAUUAUCUGGGCCUUAUCUAAGAAGUACAGCAGGAUUUGUUCUGCAGUCCAGUUGAUUAAGCAAGAACUGGAUACCACAAGGAGCCUUUUUUCCUAUCUUUAUGCAGAGGAUAUGUUAAGAAAUACAGUUAAGUGUCAGCACUAAAUCACCCAAAUUUCUUGAGCUAAAUUAAAACACAGCUGACUAAAAAAAAAGCGCAUAUAAAGGGUGCUGGGUUUUGUCAGUCCAGCAGGGGAAGAAUCCCACAGGAGAGACUCUGACCAGGUAAGGAGACAGCUGAAAUGAGAAAAAUGAGCAGAACUGUAACUUCACAGUGUGAAAGCACAACAACUGCCAGCUUCCUUCAUGUGUCCCUGCUGGGUCUCUCCCACAGUACUGUGGGUACAAUCCUUGGUCCUUCCUCGCUGCACUAUGCAUCAGUGCACCACAGAGGUUCUCUCCAUGAAGAAGAGCUGGUGCUGACCUUGCUUUAGGGUCCCCAGGCCCAAAGGCUGUAGGGUGGGUUGCCUUUAACCACUAGGUUUCAGCAGUCUACAGCAAUGUAUUUUUGCCUUGGAGCUAACCUCAAUCGUUCUGUAGGUGCAUGUUUUUAAAUGUCAAGAGCCACUUUCUUACCACCCUUAAGGAUCCCUUGUGCUAAUUCUGCAUAAAUAUUAAAUUCCAGAGGACACAUAAUUGAGCCCUUCAAUAUCAGUAAAAUGAGAACUGAGCCCUGUGGAAAAGCUGAUUAUGGAGAACGGAAAUCUUGAAGUCUUUGUGGGAUCAGAUGAAUGUGGUAUUCACACAAAGCAUUUUUCAGUAGGAUAUGUUAUACAGCCUAAGUUAAACUUGUGUUAUACUUGUACUGCAGUUGCUGAUAUAAAAUUAUACCCUUCUAAGAGAACUAGCUCUAAAAACACAUUUAAUGAGAAGGAGCACUCAGAAUAUCCUGGAAAUAUAUAUGCAAUUCAUGAGAUCACUAACGGCAUUUAGCACAGCUCAUUAGCUCUCUGGGCUUGAAUAGCAGUGAGCAUAGCACAGUAUCAUCUAAAUGUCAAGAGUGUCAGAUGAAGCCUGUACUUCCCACCAAGUGAGGAAAAUCAUCCCUCAUUCAAGAACUGAGCAGAUCUGCAGCCUCUCCAGCCCUGUGCUCAUAGAAUUCCUCUUCAUGACAAGAAAACCAAUGUCCUACGUCAAAGCUAGAAUGGGAUGAAGGCAUUUCUCUUUCCCUCUAAUAUCUGGAAGAAAAGAUGGGGCUCCCGAGUCGUAGCAAAAUGUGUCCAUAAUUCUGGUUGCAUGUGUUGACUGAACCAGCCCACUGUGGGGCUUUGAGUAAAGCUGCCUGGAAUUUCCAUCCUCUGGAAGUAUUACUGUGUUUGGACAAAAGGAAGAAAAACUAAAGAAACACCUUCUGCAAUGAUAAAAAAUAAAUCAAACAUUUGGAACAAAUCAUAAUAAAUUCUGCAAUUGUCUACAAGUCUUUUGAUCAGUUUUUAAAAAGAAAGUUAUAAUUCUCUGGUGGCAGCAAAUCAUUCUAGCAGACAAUUCCUCAUUCCUUCCUAUGUUAGUUCUUGGGAUUUUUUUCCUCAAAUAGAAACUUAAAACAAAAAGUAUUGCACAAGUGGACGAAGGAGUGAAAAAAUGCCACUCUUGAGCCACAAGUACACAGGCACUGAGUCGAUGCCACCUGAAUCAACACAGAGUGCAACAGAUGGGGAUUUUAACAUGGUUUGUGCAAUUAAUCAUUAAUUUAUUUUUUAAGUCAUCACUGUGAAUCUUCCCAGAGCAGACUGCUACUUUGCCUGUUAUGAAUCACUCAGCCAGCACAGGAUGAGAUCAUUAUCAUUUCACUUAGUGUUUCUAAAGCAGCCAAGCAUCCCCUGAGUAUUUCCUGCAGACCCAGAGCGCGGGGCAGCAGUACAGUGUUUGACUGGCUGCAAGCUGAGACUCCAUGCCAACACACAGAAUGGAAAUCAUGGAUGGGAGUUGUGUGGCCAUCACCAAUGCCUUGGUAGCAUUGGGAAUUUCCUCCUCCUUUUGAAAAUUCCCAUAUUUUAAAGUCCAAGGACACAGCACAAGGAUUGGGAGGCAGGUUGUGAAAAAUAAAAAUUUUCUCUUUUCAUUUUUUCUUUUUAGUGUAAUUUCCUGCUUGUUUUAUUGAAACAACAAUGACAUCAGAGGCAUGAUGUUGCAACAGAGCAAAGGGGAGCAGCUGAGAGCCAAGGAGCCAGCAUCAUAUUUAUGGAUAAAAAGGAAAGGAAUGGAGUGAAGAGGAAUUCAUGAAACACCUGGCAAGAAAAGCACUCAGCCUUCUCCUAUCCCUGAGUCAGGCAUGAGCAUCAUUUCCCUGAGAGCCUUCUGGCAUGUGAAGGAUGCCAAAAGAGAAAGAAAAAAAGCAGCAAAUACAUGACCAUUUUCACUUCCUAAAGUGGGUGACAGAAAUUUCCCCCAGGUCAUAUGAUCUUUAUUGAAGCUGCACCAGGAAGAGCAGCAGCAGCCAGUGAUUGCAGGGCGUCUCCAUACAAAAGCCUCUGCAGCCUGAGCCAGAGGUCAGAGCAGCACAGGGAUGUGCAUGCGAUGCACACAUACGUACCAAGGUGAGGUGCAAACACCCUCCCAGCUGGAUUGCCUCUUGCACAACUCUGAUUCUGUGCAAACUGACAGACCUUUUAUUUUCCCUCCACUGCUCCACUUCAAGCAUGUAUCCAGAGCAAGACUUCUGAGAGCACAUCUCUUGGAAAAUAGCUCUUCUCUCUCCCUGAUUAGAGGUGACCAUCUACAUCAUGGUGGGGAUGAUGGCAAUGAGAACAUGGGUUGAGCCGGUGGUUGCAGGCUCCCAGGUGGCCAGUGCCUUCUACGACACAGCGCUGCUGCUGGUGGUGAAGAACUUCUACAACCAGACCAAUUCAACCGUCCCUUCCCACGUACUGGAAGAUGCUCAGCAGAAAGCUGUCUCUAAUUUUUAUAUCAUCUACAACCUUGUCCUGGGUCUCAGUCCACUGGUGUCAGCCUAUGGCUUGUCCAAGCUGGGGGACAAGGUGCAUCGGAAGAUCCCCAUCUGCGUCUCGCUUCUUGGCUAUUUGGGCUCCAAGUCUCUCCUGCUUCUGCUGAUCCUGCUGGACUGGCCAAUUGAGGUGAUGUAUGGGGCUGCAGCCGUCAAUGGGCUGACAGGAGGCUUCACCACAUUCUGGGCAGGCAUCAUGGCUCUGGGAUCUCUGGGCUCCUCUGAGAGCAAGAGGUCUCUGCGACUCAUCAUUAUUGAGAUGGUGUAUGGCCUUGCCGGCUUUCUGGGAAGCAUGGCAUCUGGCUACCUCUUUGUUGGCUUCAGCUAUCACUAUCGAGAGGGCACCGUGCUGGUGAGUUGCAGCAUUGCCUGCUAUGCUUUCUGUCUCCUCUACAGUGUUUUUGUGCUGAUGGUCCCCAAGUCUGCAGCUUCCUGCUCAGACAAAGCCAAGUGUGUAGAGGAGGCUGGCAGCCAGCUACCAGCCCACACAGGAGGAGCAGACAGUGCCCAGCCUUCAGAGAGCAGCAGCAGCCAAACUCCAGUAACACCCUCAAAACUAAUCAUCGUUAUGCUUUUUGUGGCAGCAAUCCUCUAUGAUCUUGCCGUAGUUGGUGCAAUGAAUGUACUUCCACUCUUCUUGAUCAGAGAGCCUUUGAGUUGGAAUGCCGUGGAGAUUGGCCACGGCAACGCUGCUGGGUAUGUGAUUUUCAUCACCAGUUUCUUGGGGGUACUUGUGUUCUCCAAGUACUUUAUGGACGUCACCAUGAUCAUGAUCGGAGUGGUGUCAUUCAGUGCUGGCAUCCUCAUCAUGGCCUUUGUGCGGUGGACCUUCUUGUUCUACAUUGCUCGAGCAGUGAUGCUCUUUGCCCUCAUCCCCUUACCAACCAUCAGGUCCAUGUUGUCCAAGCAUGUUGAAGGAUCAUCCUAUGGUAAGGUGUUUGUCCUGCUGCAGCUGUCCUUAGUCACCACGGGAGUAGUGACAUCCACAGCCUACAACAAGAUCUACCAAAGCACGCUGAACUGGUACAGCGGCUUCUGCUUUGUUCUGUCUUUCCUGGCUGGCUGCCUGAGUCUCCUCCCUUUAAGGUUGAAUAUCUAG